AGCGGGAUAAAUUGCAAACAGAGAAAGGAAUACGCUCGUACGAAUUUGUCUCACAAAAGAAACGCAAGAAAAUAGUAGAAAAUUUCACAAAUGUGUUAAAUGCUAAAGAAAAUAUAAUUCGAAACCCAACUAAAAUUGUUUUAUUUUUUUAAAAUUAGCAAAAAGAUAAAUUAAAAGUGUACAAUAAAAUUACAGCAACUAAAUUAGUAAAACAAUUGUUAAAAUGUCUGAAGCCGAAUCCACUUCAGUGGUUCAACCACCACCACCGAAAUCAAGCCUCAGUGAUUUGAGACAAUUUCGUAUUAAUAAAAAUGCCGCAGCAGCAGGAGUUGCAGCAAAAACAGAGCGUGUUCCCGGUAAGAAACGUAUUCAGGUUAUGGCAGACAGUGACACCGAUGAGGCUGAUGGAAAUACUCCAAAGAAAACCAAGUUGGAACUAACGGUUAAAGAGAAGGAAGAACGCUUCUUAGCUGCAGCCAAAAUAUCAUCAGAAUAUGAUACCAUGGAUAUACAAGAUGCCUUGGUGCACAGUGGUUGGGAUGUGUCGUCGGCCUUACGUUAUCUCAAAGAAAAAUGUCAACCUAAAAGUCGUUCAGGCCAAUCGACGGGUAACACUUCAACAGCCAAAACAACGACGACUGAUACAGCAAAAUCUGCUACCAAUGGCAAUUCGAAGCAUCACUCAUCAAAAUCUAAGAAAUCAGCUAAUUACGAUUCCGAAGAUGACGAUUCGGCAAAUGAGUCCUAUGAAAAAGGUCACGUAUACGACAGCGAAGAUAGUGAUGGGGAGGAGUCAAGAGAGAUGACUGGUCAGCGUAAAAAAGUAUUUGAAUUCAUGAACACUGCCUCAUUGAUGGAACUGCAAACGGUUAAGACUCUGUCCGAAAAGAAAGCCAGCCUUAUUUUUGAUAUAAGACCCUUUAAGGAUUGGGCAGAUCUGCGCAAAAAGCUAGAAUCAAAUAAAGCCCUGUCUGCCGAACUGUUAAACAAUGCCCAGGAACUUAUCAAUAAGCAAAAUAAUGUGGCCAACAUCUUGGCAAAAUGCAACAAAUUAGUACAACGGCUAGAAGCUGCCAUUGAGGCUGGAGCUGGCAUUGUAGAGCAACCGAAAAUUCUCAAUGACAAGUUCAAAUUGGCAGACUACCAGCUGAUCGGUCUCAAUUGGUUGACAGUGAUGAAUAAGCAACAGAUGAAUGGCAUUCUGGCCGAUGAAAUGGGUCUGGGCAAAACCAUACAAGUUAUAGCAUUCUUAGCAUAUCUGAAGGAAAACAAACUCUCCAAGGCAGCACACUUGAUUGUUGUUCCCUCGUCCACCCUGGACAAUUGGGCUGCUGAGCUGGCCCGAUGGUGUCCCAGCCUAAAUGUAGAAAAGUAUCAUGGGUCCCAGGAAGAAAGAAGGCGUAUGCGUAUACGUUUCGCUAAGGAAGGCUUUAGUGGCUUCGAUGUUCUGUUGACAACGUACCACAUUGUUUCCAGUACACCCGAGGAACGUAAAAUGUUCCGUGUUUGUAAAUUGCACUAUGUGAUCUUCGAUGAGGCGCAUAUGUUGAAAAAUAUGACAACACAGCGUUAUGCCAACUUAAUUACAAUCAAUGCCGAAAUGCGCAUUCUAUUGACAGGCACACCACUGCAAAACAAUCUAUUGGAAUUGAUGUCACUGCUGUGCUUUGUUAUGCCCAGCUUUUUUGGAAAAAAUGUAGAAGAUAUUAAAAGUUUAUUUGGCAAGAAAGGCAAAACCGAAAAUGCCAAUGAAGAGGUCUCACAGUUUCAAGAAACACAAGUUGAGAGAGCCAAGCGUAUUAUGAAACCUUUUGUAUUAAGACGUUUGAAGAAAGAUGUAUUGAGCUAUUUGCCCAAAAAAACAUCAUACAUUCAAAAAGUGGCAAUGACCGAGACACAAAAGAAUUACUACAGCGAACUGGUGGAUUACUAUUCAACAAAUCGAUCAGAAUUGUGCGGUGGUGAUCGCGCCGGUGUCACAAUUAUGAUGGAAAUGCGCAAACUAGCUAAUCAUCCACUGUUGGCACGUUACUACUUCAGCGAUCAAAAGCUGAGGGAGUUUUCCAAGCGUUUGGCAAGUGUCACGACAUAUAAGAAAACAAAUCCCCAAUAUAUAUUUGAAGAGUUGGCUGUUAUGUCAGAUUUUCAAGUAAUGCAACUCUGUAAUAAACAUGAACUUUUUGAUAUCAAGAUACCUGAUAGACUUAUAUUGGAAUCUGGUAAAUUUAACCAUUUAGACAUUUUAUUGCCCAAACUGAAGAAGGACGGUCAUCGGGUGUUGAUUUUCAGCCAAUUUACGAUGAUGCUGGAUAUUGUGGAGCGAUAUCUGACCAUACGUAAGCAUGGCUUUUGUCGUCUGGAUGGCUCAACGGCCGUAGAAGAACGUCAGGAUAUGAUAAACGAUUUCAACAACGAUUCCGAAAUUUUCAUCUUUCUGUUAUCAACCAAGGCGGGUGGUGUUGGCAUAAAUCUAACGGCGGCCGAUACUUGCAUUAUACACGAUAUCGAUUUCAAUCCCUACAAUGACAAACAGGCCGAAGAUCGUUGCCAUCGCAUGGGCCAAACAAGACCGGUGAGCAUUUAUCGUUUAAUAACGGAGGGCACAAUCGAGGACGGCAUGUUAAUGGUGGCCGAGGAAAAACUUAAACUGGAGCAAGAUAUCACUGCAACAGAAAAGGGAGAUGUUCAAGAAACCAAGUGCGUUGUGAGGCUUUUAACUAUGGCAUUAGGUCUGGAUAAGGACGAAGAGGAACAAUUAAAUAAAUCAAUUAAUAACUCAAUAACAUCUCCUUCCAAGUAGAAUUUUAUUUAGUUUUAUUAACAAAAUUCAUAAAAUGAAAUUCUAUUCGUCACGAUUCGAUACUAAUUAUUAUAGAUCUAUUACUUAAUUUUAUUAAUUUGGUACAAACUAAAGUUUUUAUUUUACUACUCCCCCUUUCUUAUUCUAUCUAUCUACCUUAGUAGUAGGCAUUUUGUAUCACCUCACCCUAACCUACCCUGCACCCACAAAAGUAAAGCAAAAGAACGUAUUAAGUUUUUAAUCUGUUCCAAUUUUUAAUUUUAAAUUAUUGUUAUUAUUACAAUUUAUUUGGCUGUAUUUGCACUAUGUCUAAACAUUCUUGUAGUUUAUUCAACUCGUAAGAAAUAUUUUUUUUAAUAAUAUGUAAUACAUCUAACAUUUAUUUACCUUAGAUCUUUUGCUAAUGCAUACACUAUAUUAUUUUUGCUGUUGUUAAUAAAAUAAAGUGAAAUUGUACACUUGCUUAGAUUGGAAUAUGAAUAUUAAUCAUCUUUUUUUUUUUUUUUUUUUUGAUACAAAAUAACAUUUUAUUAUCAUUUAUACAAUAUGCUAUUAUUUAUUUAAAAUACAAAACAAUUCCCAAUACAUUAUUUAAGAAAGUACAUUAAUUAUAAAUAAAGAAUAUACAACUAGAUACAGAAAUUAAA